GGCAGUCUCAUGAAGACUGACCGCAGCACAGUCAGAGUUGAAUUUAUGGAAAGCAGCUGUUAAGAGUUUGACAGAUGAGCCGGGAGCUGAGGCACUGCUACUCUACAAUUGCACUUAUAAACCCAAUCUUUCCUGUCUGUUUUUAAGGAAAGAGGACUUCUUUUCCAUAAGACAUAACAGUGAGUAGACUAUAUUUUCUUUCAGACAAACUCUGACGUGUUGUCUCCUUCUCAUUUUCCUUUUAAGGUCGCGUUUGGGUGGUUUUAAAGUAAGCUCAACUUACAGUUCAGUUUUGUGAGACUUUAUCUUUCCCUGUGUAAGUCAAGUUGUGCUGUGAUGUUAUGUGCAACACUUCUGUAUCUUGUUCUUAAUUUUGAUAUACAUGAAAACUGUGUCUGCCCUGUGCUGCUCUUAAAAAUUUGGUUCAUCAUGUUGUGUCCUAUUUUUAGAUGUUACAGCUUAACAACACACUGGAGGCAUUGCCAGUCGUUCAUUGCAUGGAACUGGGAUCCUUUCAUUUGAGUUGCUUUUUCCCUCACAUGCUACGUUCUUUUGAGUAUUUCCCUGAAAGGGUCCUCUGGUUUAAUAAUAGUUUAAUAAUUGGGGCAUACCCAAGAGUUAAAGCCCCAAGAUGUUGGUACUUUGUCAGAAUAGUUUGUUGCUUUGUCUGUCUUUUCCAGCCUGGUUUGAUAUUCCUCAUUUGACAGCAUUUACCUCUGGCCUUGUAUCUGGUGAACUGAGUUCUUUCUGCAGUUUUUUAUUAAUUCAACAAACAAUCCAUUCAUAGUGGGUGAAACAACUACUCCCUUUGCAUUUCCAUGAAGCUUUGUGGUCUUUGCCUUAGCUCUAAAGCACAACCUGCACAAUAAAUGAAUCCCUCCAGAAGUCCCUCACAAUACACAAGGUGCGAUGCAAUACCUCACCUGACGACAGGUGAGGUAUUGCGUCACCUCCGCUUCUCGCUUUUGUGAUCUGCAUUCUGCUGCAUCGAGCUGUUAGCUGUCAUCAUCCCAAAUACAAAUACAAGUUGUAGCAUCAGCCCUCUAGGUCGGGGCUUGAUUGUGAAUCAGAAGGUAGCACUUUUAAUGCUGGUAUUUUAUUUGAAGAACUUGAUAAGAAAAUUUCAAUGUCCAUUAAUUUUAGAAAAAGAUGUAACAUAAAAUUGGCAAAUCAAAAUUUACAGCUAAUUAUUUUUCUGUUUUCCUUGUUUUCGAUGAAGACAACACACAAAAAAAUGACUGCUGAUUUGGUGUCAGCCACCAAGGGCAGCAGUUAGCAUAAAGGUAACUGUAAAGCUGUCUGGAUAAGUUAGCAUAUUUUAGAGGACCCUCCUCCAUAUUCUUCCACCAGAGCCCUGAAGGAGAGCAGAGGAAGAAAUCCCACUGUUCCACAGUGUCGGGAAGGAUUUUGGACUUGCAUACUUUGACACUUUUUACUUCCAGAAACAUACAUAGCUGUCAGAUUUCAAUUAUAUCUAAAAUGGUGGAAGCUGAAGUCUUUUCUAUGGCAGUAGUUGUAUAAAAAGCACCUCCUGUGUCAGUCACUGUACACAUUUUAUGCCAAAAAGAGAUGGUAGAUUGUUUGGUGGCAUACCAUAAACAACAUGUUCAAUAACAUUUCUUAUACCGGUUCAAUUUUAUUUUUUCAAUUUGGUAUUUUAAGAUAUUUUGACUUCAAAUUGGCAAUAAAUGGUAUGUAACUCAUCUUUUUCCAAAUUUGUUCACGCCAGUGUGGAAGACCCUUUUUUUGGCAUACAGAGGUCUGUGUAGAAGGGUACUCUGCUAGAAAGUAAUGUCCUCACAGCAUCUCUCUCACCAACUGCAACUGUGCAAUCUCUGAUCUCAAAAACUGAGAAAAUGCCAGAAGAAAUUGUGGGUUAUUUUGCUUCAAUAUAGGUGUACUGUCUGCUCAAUACUUGUCUAUAAUUUAUACCCUCACAGAAAUUUGGAAAAUUUUCCAGCAAAUUUUGCGCCCACACUGAACUGGUCAAUACAAAACUGCCAAAACUGAGGGUCUUUAGUUUUGUCAGUUUUAAAAAAAUGUAAAUUGUUGUGUCACCUUUCAAACAUAUAACAUUGAUCAAAAGCUAAACUCCUACUGUUCACUCCAGCUUUACUUACAGAACCAAACCAGAUAAGUCCCAUAGUUUUUUUUUUUUCUUUCAAGAAAGCUUAAAAAACAUUUUACCACUUCCUUCAUGCCCUGUCCAACUGUGCAGAUCAUUUCAUGCCUUUGUGUAAUUUUUGCACCUGUUUUUGUUUAUCCUUGUUUUUCUGUGUAGAGCCCAAUGGUGCAGGAGCAGUAUUCCUCGACCCAAUGCAGCAGCCUUCCAGCGCUGGGGCCGGACCAUGUCUAUAAAAUUGGCAUCUAUGGAUGGAGGAAACGCUGCCUCUAUCUAUUUGUCCUUUUGCUCAUUGUUAUCCUGGCAGUCAACUUUGCCCUCACCAUCUGGAUCCUCAGACUGAUGUGGUUUAAUACAGUACGGAUGUCACAUUAUGAAUUAUUCAAAUUCUUGCUUCGAUAGCUGUCACCACCCUUCAACUGUCUACCUUGUUUCUUUUAAUAAAUAACAAGAACUUUAUUUAUCUAUGAGGGGCAAUUCAAUCUACAAAAUCCAAGUCAUACUUAACAAAAUUUAGCUGGUGUGAUGUGCACACAGAUGUGUGGUGUUUAUCCCAUGAGCUCUUGCUCCCACCAUAUGCUGUCAGGCCUGUUAAUCAUGUCCUAGCUUGUUGGUUUCCCUAAAUCCACCUUAAUUCCAUAAGACCAAGGAUUCCCAGUCUCUAAUAUAUUGAAUUAAAGCACUUGAAUUUGUUUAAAGAUUGUUACUGGCCCUUUGUUUCCUAUGUCUCUGAUUUUUUGUGCACUUUGUUUGAAGGAGGGGAUGGGACACCUUCAAGUAGAGUCACAUGGAGUCAAGCUGGAAAACGGAGAGUCAGAGUUUCUUUUCCCCCUCUAUGCUGAAGAAAUCCACUCAAGAGAAGUAAGAAUAACAGAGAGACACUUUUAUGACUUGUUUUGACCACAGUCUAGUUUUUGUGCAUUACCUCUUUUCUGUCCUUAACCUCCAGUUCUAAAGCUCCUCCUUUCUCAUUAACUGGCCCAACACCCUCUUAAUGAUUUCAAUCAUCCUUGAACCAAGUUUUGCUAUGAUUAAGAUCUGCACAGAUUUAGUGUCCAGUUGUCAUUUAGAUCUAUUUUUUUAAAGGAAGUGAAAUAGUUUCUACUCAUGUCUUCUAAUAGGACACGACUAUAUCCUUCAACAAAUUGUUCCAUUGACUUUUUUUUUUAAAGAUCUCACACACAGAUGUGGCAGUGAUGAUCUAAAUGGUCACUGAACUGCAUCAAGCACAUACAGUUUAAGCCUCAGAGGAAAUAGUUGACUGCUACUAGCUGAAAGAUCCGCUGAUCUGAAGUUGUUGACAUGUGAUGGGUUGUAUUUCUACCCUGAUUUAUAGACACAAACAGAAUAAUUGUUAAAAUAGCAAUAUGUCACAUCCACUUAACACUAUUUAUGUUUCAGAAUAAUUUUGAUUUUUUUCAGACUGGACUGACAUUGCCGUGCAUAGUGUAACAUAGCUAACAUGUUUGCUUUUUAAAUAAUUUACUGUUUUUAAAUACUGACAAUGAUUUUUCAUUUUCACGGCACUGACAAAUGGAAUUCAUUUUUCAGGAUUCAAUACUUCUAGCAAACUCAUCAGAAAAUGUUUCCCUUUAUGCCCGCAAAGAAAAUGGUGACGUCACAGGGACGAUGAACAUCGGUAAGAGCAUAAGAGGCGAUACAUGUGCACCCAAAUAAUGUACUUCACAUCACAAAGUAUCCCAUGGUUGGAUUACGCUUGUCCUGUUGCAGCAAAUUUUUGGCUUCAAAUUCGUAUAAUGAUGGAAAGCAGAACCAAGUUGUCCAUAGUAUUUACAGUUGAUGGGGUAGACCCAUAGGGCAAAGGCCAUGCCACAUAAAUCACAAUGACUGGAAGAGUAAUAGCUUUUUUUUCUCACUUUUCCAAAAAGUGUUUUAUUUUUUCUUGUUUUUUGGCUGCAGGUAAAAAAGAGGCUCAUGGACACGCUGAAAACCUACUCAUCAACUCCCAUAAUGGCAACAUGCUGUUCACUGCAAGUGACGACCAGACUGUAAUUGGACCAGACAAGCUACGAGUCACAGGUAGAAAAAAAUCUACAACAAAACAUCUUUUAUAUUACUUUUUAUAUUACUAGUAAGCUAUCACCAUCUUUCCUGAGCUCCUCCGUCACAAACUGACCCAGCUCAUGGUGCCAGCUCCCAUCUGUCAGUGAUAACCAGGUUCCUGACAGGAGCUCUGGUUCCAGCAGGUGAGGCUUGGAAAUAUCAUACCCUGCUCCAGCCCAACAGCUACACCUCAGGGGGACCUGGCUGUCAAACUCCUGAAGUUUCAUCUGAGACUGUGAUAACUCUGCAUAUAGACAGCUCAGUUUCUGGUGCAUUCAGAACAAUCUGGAGUUGAACCCACCCAAGACUGUAGAGAUGACAGUGGACCGAACCCUUCUGCACUCUCCUCUACUGUUGGCUCAUUCCAGUUACUGGGAUAUACCCCAACUUAAGACUGGAGAACAAGCACUAUCAGCCAGGAGCAGCAUAUCAGAAACAAAGGGAUUCAAGGUGGACAAUGCCUGAAGCAUGAAGCACAUGCGCCCACAUGUAGCCCAAAGUGGGGCCCAAUGCAGAGUAAUCUGUUUCUUCUUCAGGCGAUGCCCAGCAAUUUAUGCACUUGUUGGUGCCAUAGUGUGGCAUGGGGUAAACUACCUCCGGUCACACCAGGCUACAGCUGAUUCUUUUAGACUCUGAUUUCAUGUUAUCUCUAGGGAGGUACAGUAUAUAACUGUGUAACUCUCUCUCCGUUAGGUCCUGAAGGUGCCUUGUUCCAGCAUUCAGUCGAGGUACCCCAGUUGAAAUCAGAACCUUCAAAAGACUUGAGGUUAGUGCUUCAGCUGUUUUUAAGGGGUGAUGCGGUGAUGGAUAAAUCCCUUGGAGAUUAUAAAGCUAUUCAUAAAAGUGUUUUGAUGAGCCUUAUUCUUGCAGGGGGGAAGAAUCCUUGAUACCUGCAGAAACAAAAUAAUUAAUGAGCAGGAUUUAUUCUCCCAUGUUAAACUGCAUUAUUACUGAGGUGUAUUUUAUGUAAUGGGCAAACAGGAUCUUGUUUUAUACACCCUUUAAAAGAUUUCAGACAAGAACUGUUGAUAGAGCAGUACAGCCUGUGUAACGCUGAUUUGAUUUGAUUUAGGUUGGAGUCCCCUACUCGCUCUCUCACUAUGGAUGCCCCAAAAGGAAUUCAUAUCAAAGCACUGACUGGAAACACUGAAGCUGCUUCCAACAUGGAUGUUAUUCUACAGUCUAGCAAAGGACUGGUGAGUAGUAAAACCAUGUUCCCUUCAUGAAUUCUGUAGUGUACAUUGGGCCUGUUUCCCCAAAUGAUUAUAGAGGGAAAACAUAAAGCUGCUCCCAAAGCAGAAAUAUAAUCUCUCACAGUAACACCUGGGAACUUUCAAUAAAAAAUUUAGUUACAGCUGGGAACUUAUCAUCAAAAGUGGCCCCUUCAGGUGCCCAAGUGUUACAAAGAGGCUUAGCUUGUCCUUUUUAAUGAGCUAUUGUUGUCCAGAUUUUUCAGAAAGCCAUAGGAUUGGACUGAUGGUUAUCAGUCUUACUUAAGCUCUACAGUUCUGCUUUAUCAAAAAUCAACAUGACUAUUUAUUGUCAAUAGGAGGCUGACGGGGAAAAAAAAACUCUUGCCUUUUUAGUUGAAAUUGUUUCUUUGCUUGUCCUUGUUUUUCCACAUCUUCUGCUGUACAGCUGGUGCUGGAUGCUGAGACUGUACGUAUGCCAAAUCUGCCACAAAGCCAAGGAGGGGUUUCUGGAAACACACUGGAUCUCUACGAGGUUUGUGUGUGUCUCAGUGGAAAAGUCUUCCUGUCCAAGGCCGGGGUCACCUCCACAUGCAGCGAGAACCAGGAAUGCUAGAAUGACUCUUUUCUUGAAAAGUAUUUAUGAGAUGUCAAAGAUUUUAUAAUAUAACCUUUUGUACAUAAGAUCUUGAGAUAUAUAGAAACACCUGUUGGCAUACAGUACAUACAACAGCAACUGCACAGACUUGUUAACAUCCAAGACCCCCUGACAAACUGGCAGUCAGUUUCAUAUUUAUUGAUAUCAGAACUGUGGACACACAAUAUCACAGUAAGGAGCUGUUAGCUUACAUCCUUAGCUGAAUUGUUGUAUAAUGGAAAGAAAUACUGACAAGGAUGAUAAGAAAAAGUGAUCAAAUGCUACAGAAAUGAUAAAUUUGGUUUACUUUCUCGGCACUGUCUACAAUCUGUCAUUAUGAAGACUUUUUUGUCUUUGUGUUGGGCAACAUUUUCCAUUGAAAAAUAGUUUUCAAUGGAAAAUGCACGUUGCAUGUUGGACAUACUGUUUUUGCCUCCAAAUUUUAUUACAUGAUGUAGAAGUUAAGGACAUUCUCAGUUCAUAAGAUAAAGUGUUUUGUUUUUUAAGCCUCUUGGCAAGCUGGAUUUUCUGCCAUUUCAGUUAACAAGUUAAAAAAUUCAAUAUUACGUGGUGCUGUAUUAUGUUUAUGAGUGGCAAAGUAUGCCAAGUUUGUGAGUAAUAUUUCUGAAUAAAGUUUGCUCUUCCUUCUAUCUUUAAAUUGCAUUUAUUCACAUAUUUUUAUACUUACCUUUUUGCUGGCUGAGCAAAAGCUGUAGAAGUGCAAAAGACAGUAAGGUCUAUGAACUAAACUUUGUCCCCCAGUUAAAACAUUUUCACCACUAUUGACAAUAUAAAGGUUUUAAAAGGAAUAUAUAUGUAUAUAUCAGUUCUGUCAAACAAUAAAAACUCUUAAUAUGA